UCUUUUAAAAAAUACAACAAUAUCACCAAAAGAAAAACAUACAGGGGCAGUAGCAGAAGACCAUCACAAGUGCGAGGAGACAAAAAUGGGAAGCCGUAAUUUGCCAAGUAAAACCUUGGGUUGCAGCAACCACAAUCUCUUCUUGAUUAUCCAUGCCUGCUUAAUUCUUACAAAUCCAGUGGCACUAGCAGAAGAAGAUUCAUCAUCAUCAUCAUCAUCAAUCAUAUCAAGAUUCCAGCAAUAUCUUCAAAUCAACACUGCACAACCCAAUCCUCACUACCAAGAAGCAGCAGAAUUCAUUAUUUCCGAGGCCAAAUCAAUAGGACUUGAAUUCCAAUGUAUAGAGCUGGUGAAAGGGAAGCCACUUGUCCUCCUCAAGUGGCAAGGCUCUAACCCUACUCUUCCUUCCAUACUUCUCUACUCCCACACUGAUGUAGUCCCUGUUGAGCAGCACAAGUGGUCUUACCCUGCCUUUGGUGCCCAUCUUGAUUCUGAUGGCAAUAUCUAUGCUAGAGGUUCCCAAGACAUGAAGUGCGUUGGCAUGCAGUAUCUAGAAGCUGUUCGUCGCUUGAUGUCUUCUGGGUUCCACCCACUUCGAUCUGUUUACAUCUUGUUUUCCCCUGAUGAAGAAAUUGGUGGCCAUGAUGGUGCUGAGAAGUUUGCUCAUUCUGAUAUCUUCAAGUCCAUGAAUGUUGGCAUUGUGCUUGAUGAAGGUUUGGCAUCUCCUACUGAGGAGUAUAGGCCUUUUUAUGCAGAGAGGAGCCCGUGGUGGCUGGUGAUUAAGGCCAUUGGAGCUCCAGGCCAUGGAGCUAAGCUUUAUGAUAAUAGUGCCAUGGAGAAUCUCCUGAAAAGUAUCGAGACUAUAAGGAGAUUUCGUGCUUCUCAAUUUGAUUUGGUGAAGUCUGGUUUGAAGGCUGAAGGAGAGGUUGUUUCUGUUAAUAUGGUCUCUCUUAAAGCUGGCACUCCAUCUCCAACUGGAUUUGUCAUGAAUUUGCAGCCAUCAGAAGCAGAAGCUGGUUUUGAUAUUCGGGUCCCGCCAAUUGCUGAUCCUGAAUCUUUGGAAAGACGAAUUGCUGAAGAAUGGGGUCCAGCUUCACGCAAUAUGACAUUCCAGCUUGGGCAGUUUAAACAGAAAGCUAUUUUACACGACAAGUUUGGGAGGCCACUCCUUACAAAGACCGACAGUUCCAACCCAUGGUGGGCCCUGCUUGAAGAAGCUGUACAAAAAGCAAAUGGAAAACUUGGUAAACCAGAGAUAUUUCCUGCUGCCACUGAUGCUCGUUACUUCCGGGAGCUAGGAUUACCAGCAAUUGGCUUCUCUCCUAUGGCAAACACGCCUCUUCUUUUGCAUGAUCAUAACGAGUUUCUUAACCAAGCAGAGUAUCUGAAAGGCAUUGAUAUAUAUGCAUCAAUAGUAAAAGUCUAUGCUUCUUAUGUUAACCAUGCAAGCAGUGAAGUCGUCAAAGAUGAAUUGUAAGAUAGCAUAGCAACUUUCAGGUACACAGGUUACUAAAGCUUCUGCUGGUGUAACAUGGUGAGAAUUCAAAUUAAUAAAAUUUAAUGCUGAUGCAUCAAGAAGUCGGCCAUAUAUAGGAUUUGAACUUGGUUAUGGUGCAGGGUGUACUCAAAUCCUCUUUAUUUGACAUUAAUGAGUUGAUAAUUCUUCAUGUUGCACUUCCAGUCGAGUUCACGUGAUGUAAUAACAGAGAAAAGAAAAAAAAAAAAAAGAGAAAAAGAAAAAAGCUUUACGCAGUUUGUAUUGAUGCUAUUGGUACUAAUUCAAAGUUCAAACAGUUCCCGAGGCUCAAA